AUGCUUGCUUGGUGCCGCCGUGCACCCAUGGCAGCACACGAGCCAGCAGUGGAGGUGCGGGACGUGUUCAUGGCGCCGGACCCUCCGGUCAUCGGCCACCCAUUCGAGCUGCAGUUGCCUGCCGUCGCCAGGCAGAUGAUAGCAGGGGGGGAGGUGGCAGUGACGAUAAAGUUUCACGGGCUGCCCGUACAUGUUGAGUACACGGACAUUUGCCAGCAGACAGCGUGUCCUGUGCUCCCUGGGAGCUUCACCUUCCAAUACUGGCGGAAUGUCCCCAGCCUUGCAUUCCCUGGGCCUUACUAUGCGUGCCUCAUGGCCACUGAUCGUAACAGCACGGAGCUUUUCUGCAUAAUAGUCACGCUUAAAGUAGUUAGAGGUGUAGCGGGGAAUAGGGUGGGAGAUAAACUUGGUUCCCUUGCCAACGUUGGUCGUAGAUAG